AUGUUAAAGGAUGAGAAGUCCCAAGAUAGAAAUCAACUUUUGACUAAUAUCCCCUUUAAUUACGAUGGUUACUGGAAUUUCAUAUAUAAAGUGUUAACUAAAUUCAAUCAAGAAUGCUCGGAUGUUCUUGUCGUCUUCGAUGGAGUUUUCAAGCACAACGCCAAUCGAAGACCUGAUCCCGACCGUACUAGUAGUUUACGUUUCAUCGAGUUCAAGGCGAGUCAAAAUCAACUUCCAUCACUCUUUCGAUGCGAAUUCAUCGAUAUUUUGCGUGAGUUAGAUAUCGGUGUUAAUGUGGCUCGAGGAGAAGCUGAUCCAAUGAUAGUUCGAUUGGCUCAAGAUCGAAAUGCUUAUGUUGUCGCCGCGGAUUCAGACUAUCAUCUCUAUGAUCUUCCACAAGGCUAUGUUCCAUUGAAAUUUCUCAAUUUGAGAGCACUCAAAGGACCACUCUAUCAAAUGAACGACGUUUUCGCAGGAAUGGAUAUAAGAGGUGUUGCUUUAUGGGCAUCACUCAUUAAAUAUAACUUUGUCGCUUUGACAAAUUUACAAGAGUUUCUUUCGACAACGCAAGCAUAUGAUCGAAAAGAGUUUGAAUCAUGGCUUGAUAGUACAGAACCCGAUGAGCAGAAACGUCAUUUGAUAACAACUGAAUGGUUACUUCUCCGUUUCAUUCAACAAGUUGGUAGUGCAACAGCAUAUAAUCAAUUGAUUCAACUCGUCGCUUCAGAUGAUCGACAAAAAUUCAAUCAAAUUAGAUCUAGCUAUGCCAAUGUCAUGCCAUUAACCUCAAUCAAAACAAAAAAUGGAAAAUGCCUCCCUGGCUACCUUAAUAGACUUUUCACCACUGGAAACCUUGAUCAUACGAUUCUUAACAUUCUCAUCAGUAGAAAUGUUCUCAAGAGUGAACAAGUGAACAAUCCAAUAUAUUAUCAAUUGCUUCUGCCUAUUAUUCAGAUUCAUCUGCGCUCGGAUUGUACGAGUCCGGAUAUGGACAACGAUAGUCAAAAGGUCACAUACAAUGAUCGAUCAUAUGAACCUUUGGCAGAGAUCAAGAUACAAGACCUUCCUUCUCUAAACGAAACUUCCAAGAUGUCUUCAGCUGAUCGAAAGAAGUGGCUUUUAUAUUGUGUGAAAUCUGUUCUUCAACCAUCAGUACAUAUGAAUGAAGAUGGAAUUCACGAUAAUCAUCUGCCAGAAAGCUAA